UUUCCUCUUUUGCCCAAUCUGUAGUUACUCUUUCAUUUUGACGAAGGAUGGGGGCAUUACCGUGGCUAUUUCAAUUCCUUCUCUGUUUCUUGCAAUAUCAAGUUGCUGCUUCUUCAUCAUCAGCUCUUGCUUCUUUUGCUUCUUCUGCAGAAUCUGCACACCCCUUGUGUCGUCGUGACCAGAGGUCUGCACUGCUGCAAUUUAAGCAUAUGUUUACUAUAAGCAGCAGUGCUUCUUCCGUAUGUGAUAGAUUUUAUUCUGGUAUUCCUUCAUUUCCAAAGACCCUGUCUUGGGAUGAGAACGCAACUGAUUGUUGCAAUUGGGAUGGGGUCACGUGCGAUGGGUUGACCGGUCACGUGGUUGGGCUUGAUCUCAGUUGUAGCCAGCUCCAUGGCAAAAUCCAUCCCAAUAGCAGCCUUUCCCAACUCUCUCACCUGCAACGGCUUAAUCUGGCUUACAAUAACUUCAACGGCUCUCGCAUUUCAUAUGCAUUUGGCGGCUUUGCAAGUUUGACACAUUGCUUUAACGAUGCUCUUAAAGCAGUGGGCCUUUCAUCAAUUGGGCCUGAACUUGUUGGUAAAUCAUGGGCCUUUGCCCAAUAUAAGCCUUUUGGGCCCAAGCCUGGUACAAUCCCAUCUGAAAUCUGCCACAUGUCCAAACUGGUUUCAAUUGAUCUUUCACUUGGUGAUAAUUCUAGACUGAGACUUGAACCCCUCCAUUUCAAAAUUCUCCUAAAAAACAUGACCCGGUUACAAGAACUCGGCCUUUCUGGGGUAAAUAUAUCUUCGGGUUUACCCGAUUCAAUUGGCUAUCUCAAGUCUUUGAAAUUCUUGGAUCUCACCUCGACGGGUUUAUCUGGAAAACUACCCGACUCAAUUGGUUAUCUCAAGUCUUUGAAUUACUUGUCUGUCGGAGAUUGCAAAUUACGAGGUUCUAUUCCUAAAUCUCUUGGGAACCUUACGCAGAUCCGUGUACUAGGUUUAGCGGAAAAUAGUUUUACCGGCGAAGUCCCACCUACUCUCUCAAAUCUCAAGCAACUUACUGCGUUAGAUCUUUCCGCCAACAACUUCCAAGGUAGAAUUCCCGUUCUUGCUCAGCUCACAAACUUGAAGGAUUUAGCUCUAGAGGAUAACAAUUUCAUUGGUGGGUUUCCACUCUGGGUUGCAAACUUGAAACCACUUGUUUCUUUAAGCAUGUAUAGAAAUCAGCUCGCAGGUCCCAUCCCCUUCAAUUUAAGUGGUCUUCAAAACCUACAAUAUUUUUACUUAUCGAGUAACUCUCUCAGUGGGGUAUUACCUCCAUCUUUGUUUUCUCUUCCGUCAUUGCUAUAUUUAGACUUGAGUUCCAACAAAUUAACUGGUCAGAUUCCUAAAUUCCAGCAUCGUUUACCAUUUUACAGCAUCGACUUGAGUGACAAUAAACUUUGUGGUGUUGUGGAUCUGCAAGUACUCAACAAUCUUGAGGAACUUUCUGUUUUCAACACUAAUCUUUCGGUGGUCGCUGGAAGCAAUGUCAACAAUACCCUUCCCAACCUUAAGGGAUUAUAUAUGUCAUCUUGCAACAUCGAGGUGUUCCCUUAUUUCUUAAGAUUCUCAGAGAAUCUUGAAGAGCUAGAUCUUUCUCAAAACAACAUUCAUGGACAGAUUCCAAAUUGGGUUGGGUUCAUCGGAAAGGCUUCAUUGGUGAAUUUGAAUCUUUCACACAACUUUCUCACAAGCAACUUUCUAACAGGCAUAAAGCAACUUCCUUGGGAGAAACUAGAUACUCUUGACUUGCGUUCCAAUUUGCUUCAAGGACCACUUCCCAUUCCACCCCCGCUCGUACGAUACUUUUUCAUCUCAAACAACAGUCUUAGUGGAGAGAUUCCUUCAUUGAUUUGCAAUGCGAGUUCCCUUGAGAUUCUUGAUUUGUCUCAUAACAAAUUGAGCGGAGCGGUUCCACAAUGUUUGGGAAAUUUUAGUAGUGUUCUCUCGGUUUUGAAUCUGCGCUCCAACGGAUUUACGGGGACCCUUCCCUUGGCCUUUGUGAAGCCCAACCAAUUACAAAGUCUUGAUUUGAGUGGAAACAAAUUUGAAGGACCACUGCCAAGAUCUUUGGCAUAUUGUACAAGUUUGGAAGUUCUAAACGUCGGAAACAACAAGAUUAAUGACACAUUUCCGUAUUGGUUAGAGACUUUUACUGAGUUGCAGGUUCUUGUCAUUCGAUCCAACCGAUUUCAUGGUCCCAUAAACACUGUGACAAGUAAAUUUUCAUUUCCUAGGCUUCGAAUUAUUGACCUCUCCUACAAUGGGUUCACCGGCAAUUUGCCUAGGAGGUAUUUCGAAUAUUUCCAAGCAAUGAAGAACAGUACCAUGCCUAACAUACAAUACAUGAGUGAUAGGGCUGGUUAUUAUCACGAUUCUGUGAUAGUGACAAUGAAGGGGAAUGAGAUUGAAUUGGUGCGAAUAUUGACUAUCUUCACAACAAUCGACCUUUCAUCCAACAACUUCAGUGGAGAAAUUCCAAGUGCCAUUGGAAAGCUCAAUGCCCUCACACUAAAUUUUUCUCAUAACAGUCUCACAGGCCAUAUUCCAGAAUCUUUGGGAGACUUGACAAGCCUUGAAUCGUUAGACAUCUCUUCUAACCGCCUCACUGGGAGAAUUCCAAGCCAAUUAACAAGUUUGACAUUUCUCGCGGUCUUGAACCUUUCGUGGAACCAUCUCUAUGGACCCAUACCCAAUGGUCGACAAUUUAAUACAUUUGAGAAUGGUUCAUAUGCUGGGAACUUAGGAUUAUGUGGGUUUCCAUUGUCGAAGGAAUGUGAAGAUAAUCGAACAAAAGUACAGCCACCGGUGUUACAACAUGAGGAAGAUGAUUCAGAUUUUGAUGGAUUUACUUGGAAAAUUGUGGUGACCUAG